AUGAGCUACUAUGGCAGCUAUUACAGAGGCCUGGGCUAUGGCUGUGGAGGCUUUGGUGGCCUAGGCUAUGGCUAUGGCUGUGGAUGUGGCAGCUUCCGCAGACUGGGCUAUGGCUGUGGCUUUGGAGGCAAUGGAUAUGGCUGCUGCCGCCCAUCAUGCUAUGGAGGAUAUGGAUUCUCUCAAUUCUACUGA